AUGUCCCAAUCUACCAGUAUAGUUGGUGUACAUUACAAGGUGGGCAAAAAAAUCGGAGAAGGUUCCUUUGGUGUAAUCUUUGAGGGCAUCAAUAUAUUAAACAAUCAACAAGUUGCAAUCAAGUUCGAGCCGAGGAAGUGCGAAGCUCCGCAAUUACGAGACGAAUAUAGAUCUUAUAGAAUCUUGAACAAAACAAAGGGCAUUCCACAAGCAUAUUUUUUCGGACAAGAAGGUGUACAUUCAAUAUUGAUAAUUGAUCUUCUUGGACCAUCAUUGGAAGAUCUUUUUGAUUGGUGUAAUCGCAAGUUUAGUUUAAAGACUACAAUUCAAGUUGCAAGGCAAAUGAUUGAACGAGUAAAAUCUAUACAUGAGCAUGAUUUGAUUUAUCGUGACAUCAAGCCAGAUAAUUUUCUUAUUGGAAGACCAGACACACCAGAUGCAAAUCAAAUCUAUGUUGUUGACUUUGGAAUGGCAAAGCAAUACCGGGAUCCGAAAACAAAAGUACACAUACCAUAUAGAGAGAAGAAAGCUCUUAGUGGCACUGCAAGAUACAUGUCGAUAAACACACAUUUGGGCAGAGAGCAACUGAGGCGAGAUGAUUUGGAAAGUCUUGGGCAUGUGUUUAUGUACUUUUUACGCGGGUCUUUGCCGUGGCAAGGUUUGAAAGCCCCCACAAACAAGCAAAAAUACGAAAAGAUUGGGAUGAAGAAACAGACAACCUCCGUGAAUGAGUUGUGUUAUGGCUUACCUAUUCAAUUUGCACAGUACUUGACAUAUGUAAGGAACUUGAACUUUGAUGAAGCACCCGACUACAAGUAUUUGAUGGGCUUAAUGGACAAGGCAAUGCUUACACUAGGGCUCGAGGAUGAUGGACAUUAUGAUUGGAUGGAUUUGAAUAAUGGCAAAGGUUGGGACGCAGCGUUGAAUAAAAAGGCUAAUUUGCAUGGGUAUGGGAACCCGCAUCCACCAAGAAAAUCACAUCUACAGCAGCAGCAACACCACCACCACCAACAACAACAACAACAACAACAAAAGGGUCGUAAUGCAAACUCUCCAUCUUAUCAGCGACUCCAAAACUAUGCCAAUUAUUCACUGAAUCAACAAUUGCCCCUAUUGGGCAAAAAGCCGGACGGCAAAAAUCCCGUUGCUCAAAGGCGGUAUGGCUAUCAAUCAAUUACUCAAGACUCCAAGGCUUCCAUGUUGGUAAAUUCUUAUCAGCCUGGACAAGACCGAGAUUUGGAGUACGGCAGCGCUGAGAAUGGCAUGAUGAGAAAUGACGAGGAUCUUCAUUCGGAUACAUCAAGUUUCAAUAGAAAGAAGAGCAGGUCUUGUUUCUUCUGUUGUUACAUAUAA